CCGUCAGCGGAUCCGGCUGGCCCUGCCGGCGGGCGGUGGGGCCGCGCCCCGCCCCGCGCCCGCAGCGGCCCCGAGCAGCCGAGCGGAACCGGACCGAGCCCGGCCGGAGCGGGCCGAGCCGCGCCGGGCGGAGCCGCGCCGGGCAGCGCCAUGGGGCUGCUGGAGCGGCUGCGGAAGGAGUGGUUCAUCCUCGGCAUCGUGCUGGUCAUCGCUGUGGCGCGGCUGGAGCCCGGCGUCGGCGUCAAAGGCGGACCCCUGAAACCAGAAAUUACCAUAACUUACAUUGCUGUUUCAGCUAUAUUCUUUAACAGUGGACUCUCCUUAAAAACUGAGGAGCUGACAAGUGCUUUGAUGCAUGUGAAACUACACCUUUUUGUCCAGAUUUUUACACUUGUGUUCUUCCCAACAGCAAUAUGGGUCUUUCUUCAGCUGUUAUCAAUCACACCUAUAAAUGAAUGGCUUUUAAAAGGCUUGCAGACAGUGGGCUGCAUGCCACCUCCUGUGUCUUCUGCUGUAAUUUUAACCAAAGCUGUUGGUGGAAAUGAGGCAGCUGCUAUAUUUAAUUCCGCUUUUGGAAGUUUUUUGCUUUCAGUUCAAGAGGUUUCUGUGAAUACCCAAAGGCUCAGUUCAGCUGCCAUUUGGAGAUACUUUUUGGCUUCAAGUAAGACUUUAGGCUCCGCUGCAUCUGACUACAAUGCUGACUCCUAGUAGAUCAACAGAGACAUAUUUUCAAUUUCUACUAGCUGUUUGCAGCUCUUUGAAGAAAUCUGAGCUCAAGAAGCUGGGUUAGUUUUUGUUUUCAUGUGAUACUCCUAAUUUUGGUUUUGGUCUUAGUUCAUGGUCCUUGGAAAGUUCUGCUUACAUGUAAUUACCUCAUUUCACUUUUUGUUCCCUUCAGGUCUUUUUGCAAGUGCUGGUGCAGCAUUGCAAUAAACAUUAUUCUUACAAAGUUCCUGGAAAAGACUUUUCAAAAAAUAUUAAAGAUCAGCAAGAAUGAAACCAUAAUGCC